AUUAAGAUACCUGGGAAACCUUAAUCCAUAUCUGGGAAAUUUUAAUCCAUAACUGGGAAGUGACUGAGCAUGGAUUUCUAGAAGAAGAAAAAAAGGGGGGAGGGGAGAAUUUGAAGUUCUUAAAGGAUAAUUUGUCAAAGUGUGGAUUAACCUGCAUUAUCCUUUAUGAAACAUAAGAUCUUCCAGUCAGGAUGAAAAAGGAAAAAUUGCCUCAGGAAAAUCCUACAAUUCUACAAAGUGAAGUGCAUGAUCUUGGAAGUCAGCCAAAGGAAAAAUAUCGAAGUGAAGAAAAAAAAGGUUUAUACAGCACAAAUCUGCAGCAACAAUCUCCAGUCCACUUUUUUCCAUUUUCAUCAGAAUAUAACACGUCUCUCAAAAGCUACAUAUCCAGCUCUCUAAGUUCAGAAUGGACUACACCUUCAUUUAUACAAAAAUCUCCUAGAUCGUCUUCAACAAAUUUUUCCAAACCUGACAACAUAGAUGGUGGCAGCAUUUCUGAGCUUAUACUCCAGGAGACACAUUUUGCUGUUGGUACAACCCAGUCCCACAUGUUAGGAGAAGGGGAGGACUACUUUCACUCUUUGUUCUUCAACUCAAAGAGACAUCUCACAAAUUCUGGAUUGUCUCCAGAUGACUCCGACACAUCUAAUUCCAAUGCUCUUGGAGACAUUAAAAUAGUUGAAGUGAGUGGUUUGUUCGUGAAGAUAAUUAACUCUUCUCCUGACAAAGAACUGACAAUUGGAGAACAUAUUCUCCAACAAAAUGUCAAUGGCCGCGUAGUCUCUGUUUACAGAUUCCAUCCAAAUAUUAGACUGCCAGCCAAUGCUGCAAUAACUGUUUGGGCAGCAGCAUCUAAGGUAAAGCAUCAUCCACCAUCAGAUUUUCUUUGGAAGGAACAAGACAAGUUUAGAACAAGUUCCAACUGUACAACCAUCCUGUGUAAACCUAAUGGUGAAGCUAUUGCUUGGUAUUCUCCUAUCCAUUGGAAGCGAGCUUGGGAGAAAUUUGAUUCUGACAAAAAAUCUUACAGAAGUCCACUGUUAAUAUCAUCAUCUAAAGAACAAAUGAAUCAGGAAAUACCAUCUGCAGCAACCAAAGCAAAACGAGAACAAGAAACUGCAUCAAUGCUAGAGGGACAAGUUCGAGUUUUUCUAAAAAGAGAAAAAGAAAUCCCACCAAGUCUUUUUCCCAAUCGUAGCCCAUGGGGUCUCAGUCAGAGCUGUAUUGUACAUCCCAACUACACGUUGUUUGGACCGCUUACCGUGGGCAAUGAUGGGAGCACUGUGUGCAGACAGUCAGUAUCACAAUCAGCUAGACUUGACUUAAAAGCAGGAGGAAAACAACCUUAUCAUUAGAAGUCUCUUUAAAACCUAUUGUGGAACUGGACAUUCUGUAGCAGCCUCAGAUGACUAUUCCAACUUAACUGUCAGUUUAUAAGAUGAAGAAUUUUAAUAUAUCUGAAACUAUUUUACCAAGGAGUCAAGAAAAGGAAGGGAAAAGAACUGAGGGAAGGAUUAGAUGAUAUAAUAAAGACAACAAAGUUUGGAGUUCCAAGGAAAAGGGAGAGGAGGAGGAAAUUCAAAUCUAGUGAACAAUAAGAUACCACAAUAUGCCGUGCUCAGCCUUCAUCAUUUAAGAGACAAAGACAGCAGCUAGCAAGAAGGAUCCCCUGCACCCUGGGGUGUUCAGUGCUGACCAAUAUAUUUAUGCUUUGAUUUCAUUUAUGGAAAGUUGCAGCUGAAGCAUAUGCUGCUUAGAGCAUCUUACCAUUUACUACCUCAAAUAGCACUUUACCAAACUAGUUUCUACACAGAACAGUUUUGUCCUUGAUGAUACUCCAUUGUUAUAAAUCAAUAAAUGUUGGUCUGGGAGUAUCCAAUAUCUGGGGUAAAGGAGGGCAGAGACAGGAAAAUCUGGCAACCAAAUAAAUGGGCAAGCAAUAUAAAGGCAUGCAUUAUAUCUAGUUCAAAGAGAAAACCUUGAAACUCAAAAGAGUAAGUGGAGAAUGUGUCUGUGUCUGUGGUGUGAGUGGGGGGGAUGGUAAGGAAAGAAUCAGAGCCAUAGAAAAAGAGGGAGAGAAGGAGAGAGAGGAGAGAAAUAGAAACAGAAGAG